CUCGAGGGAUGGCGAAGACGCACCAAGUUCUCACCAAACCCGCGCCGGGAACGGUCAUUUUCCCAGUCCACACGUACGACGAUGAGCAAAAGGCUCAAAUGCAAGCUUUGCUCGAGCAUGCAAAAACUCUUGUGCUGCCCGAGUUCGAUGCCUACCGCGAAUGGGAAUUACGUUGGUUAAAUAAGUCGGACACAGUACCACGCUACAUGCGUGCUGCGAAAUGGGAUUUAGAAGAUGCGAAGAAGCGCAUAGAGGGUACGAUGAAGUGGAGACGGGAGUUUAAACCCGAUCUUAUUCAGCCGGAAGAAGUCCGAAUCGAAAGCGUCACUGGAAAGAUUGUUAUAAAUGGCUUUGACAAGGAUGGCCGACCUAUCAUAUACAUGCGUCCCGGUUUGGAGAACACGGAACGAAGCCCUCGCCAACUUCGAUACCUGGUGUGGAGCUUAGAGCGUGCAAAAGACCUGAUGCCGCCUGGGCAAGAGUCGCUGGUCAUCAUUGUCGACUACAAAAGCUGUUCGCUACGAACUAACCCAUCAAUAUCUGUGGCAAGACAGACCUUGACCAUCCUGCAGCAGCACUACGUUGAGACUCUGGGGCGAGCCGUAGUGGUCAAUCUGCCACUAAUUCUGAACUUUUUCUACAAGGGCAUCUCACCAUUCCUGGAUCCUGUAACACGAGACAAGAUGCGAUUCAACCCCGACUUGACCGAGCUUAUCCCGAAGGAGCAGCUUGAUGCCUCGUUUGGCGGAGACUUUGAAUACAAGUUCGAGCCCGUCAGCUACUGGGAUCAGAUCGUGUCGGCCUGUAACAUUGCACCAGAUGGCACUCGUAUUGCAACCGAGGGAGAAACGAAUAAAAGUCCGGAGAAUACACACAUGGGUGUGGAAACGCAUAUAGAAACUGCAAAGGACAUGCGUGAGUUCGAAAUUAGCGCUGUGCACGAGCCCGUAGUUGUGGUUGUUUGAUUAAUAUUGUAAGCGUCGAUGCUUUUGUCGUUCCUUGAACAUGCAUAUGUAUCGACGGGAGGAAGACCUGUGCUAGUCAAAAUAAG